UUAGAAUCCAGCAAUUUAACCGUUUUGCAAAGCAAGGAAAUUAAGGAAGAUAUGGAUAUCAUUAAGUGGCAUUCAGAAUUGUCUUAUGAGGAGUGGAUGGCACUCCCUGUUUCCGGUUCACGACCAUCAGCCCGAUACAAGCAUGCUGCUGUGGUGGUUGGUGAGAAACUAUACAUUGUUGGAGGGAGUCGAAAUGGUCGACAUCUAUCUGAUGUUCAGGUUUUUGAUCUUAGAAGUCUGGUAUGGUCCAAUCUAAAACUCAAAACUGAGUUGAAUGGUGAGAUGGCUGAAGACAGUGGAUCACAGGAAGUUCUUCCACCCAUGUCUGAUCACAGUAUGAUUAAAUGGGGUAACAAACUCUUAAUCCUUGGUGGGCAUUCAAAGAAGUCGUCUGUUGGCAUGAUAGUGUGGUAUAUUGAUCUUGAAACCAACAUCUGCGGUGUCAUGGAGACUUCAGGAAAAGUUCCAGCAGCUCGUGGGGGUCAUUCUGUGACAUUGGUUGGUUCUAGAGUAGUUAUCUUUGGUGGGGAAGACAGGAGUAGGAAAUUGCUAAGUGAUGUCCAUGUUCUUGAUUUGGAGACAAUGACUUGGGAAGCAGUAGAGACUACGCAGACACCCCCAGCUCCCAGAUAUGAUCACACUGCAGCUCUGCUUGGAGAGCGAUACCUUUUAGUAUUUGGUGGGUGUUCCCAUUCAAUAUUUUUCAGUGAUCUUCAUGUACUGGACUUGGAAACUAAUGAGUGGUCUCAACCACAAGUACAAGGUGAUUUGGUAACUCCUAGGGCAGGUCAUGCUGGUGUAGUAAUUGGUGAUGACUGGUUUAUCGUUGGUGGUGGAGAUAACUGCAAUGGUUGCCCAGAAACUAUUGUGCUGGAUAUGUCUAAGCUGGCUUGGAAAGUCUUGACAAGUGUGAAGGAAAGGGAUCCACUUGCUAGCGAGGGUCUCAGUGUUUGCACAGCAAUAUUUGAUGGAGUGAAGCAUCUUAUUGCCUUUGGUGGUUACAACGGCAAAUAUAAUAAUGAGGUAUUCAUUUUGCAACUCAGACCAAGAGACAUUGCACGCCCAAAGAUUUUUCAGUCACCAGCAGCAGCAGCUGCCGCAGCUUCUGUAACUGCUGCUUAUGCCUUGGCCAAAUCUGAAAAGUUGGACUUCCCUCAAUCUUUGAUCUUAAACUCUAAUGGAAAUGGGAACAAUCUUUCUGAACAAGAUGUUACAGUUGAUAUUGACUCAAUCAAAGAAGAAAAAAGAGUUCUGGAACUGUCGUUAGCAGAAGCCAGAGAUGAAAAUUCUAGGCUCAGAGAAAAGGUCGAUGAAGUUAACAGUACUCAUGGUGAUUUGUCCAAGGAACUCCAAUCCGUCCAAGGUCAACUAAUAACUGAGAGAUCAAGAUGCUUUAAAUUGGAGGCACAAAUUGCGGAGCUUCAGAAGAUGCUGGAAUCUUUGCAGACAAUAGAAAAUGAAGUGCAAAUACUGAGGAGACAAAAGUCUGCAUUGGAGCAAGAAAUGGAGCAAGCUAUGGCUGUCCAGAGGCAAAGUUCCGGUGGUGUUUGGGGAUGGAUUGCUGGCAGCCAAUAGAAAUCAACCUCAAAUUCAAACAUCAAUUUUCCUGCAUGUGUAUACAUACACAUUGACUGGUUUAUAUAUGGGAAUAUGCUUUUCAGCUGUUAUCUGCGAGCAUUAGGACACAAAUUGGGUAGAAAUAUAUGAUUGAUGUGGUCACAUUUUUUUUAAUCUUGGUUGAAUAGAUAUAUUUUAAUUUUUCCAUUUAAAUUCCUUGUUAUGUAACAAUAAUACUCUCCUGUAACCUUUCCAUCUUUGCUCUUAUGGUUUCUUUUAUUUUU